ACGUCAUUGAUAGUGGACGCCUGGAAGGAGGAGUAGUAACAUGGCGUCCACGAGUAGUGCGUCGUCUGUAUCCCUACAACAUAGAAAGAGAGGCCGAAACGAACAGGGGGCGAUAGGCGGCCGGGGUCCUGGGGGGAAACCUAAGCGGAAAUGGAGACCCAACCAAGACCGGAAGGUGUUUGAGGGCAGCACUAGAGAAGGACAAGGCUUUGCUCUGUGGAGAAAGAAAAAGGUGCAGUCAGAAUAUAAAAAGCUGCUAAGAAAACAAAAGGCAAAUCCUAAAGAAGUCUCCUACAGUGAUCACUACCCUGAACAUCUGAGGCAUCUCUAUGUGGCUGAAGAAGAGAGACUGAAAAGGCAAGAAAAACAGAGGAAACCUGCAACAAAGCCUCCUGAGACCAUAGCGGAGGAGCAGGAAGUAAGUAGUGAACAUCUGAGGCAUCUCUAUGUGGCUGAAGAAGAGACACUGAAAAGGCAAGAAAAACCAAAGAAACCUGAGACAAAGCCUCCUGAGACCAUAGAGGAAGAGCAGAAAGUCAUACCAAAGAAACCAUUUAAGAAGAAAACGUCAAAUCAAAAAGCGAAAGAAGAAUAUGAACGGGUGCAGCGUGAACGUGCAAAGAAGAGAGAAGAAGCAGAGAACAACAGGAAGAAAAGAGAAGAGGCGAUCAAACUCCACAAACAGAAGAGAAUGGAAGCCUAUAAAGUUUUAAGCUCAAAAACAAAGAAAGGACAGCCCAACUUUAAUGUCCACAUGGAGUACUUGCUGAAGAAAAUCCAGAGCAAAUCUUAAUUUAUUACCAGUUCUCAAAGGGGUUGUGCAAGAGUGGGUGUGUAUGUGUAAAAUAUAUAAAAAAAAAGAAUAUAUAUUAUUUUCACACACUCUUGAAGGGAAGCUUACUCCAGGCUUGUGAUGCUCUGCUAGGCUCCCUUGCUGGUUUGUGGCGGAGACUGGAUUGCAUCAUGUGACCAUUUAUUAUGCCGUAAGGGGGUCACCUUCGCAGCCAGUGAUUGGCUGCAGCCAAUUCAAACCAGAUGUUUUAAGCGAGGGAGGCCAACACCCCCCCCCCCAUUCUUGCACAACCCCUUUAUAGCGUGCAUCGUCAGUGGUGCGUUGUGACAUUACAUCCUUUCUUGUGAGAGGCUUUUAAAUAAAAACUUUUAAAAACA